AUGUCUUCCAUGGGGUUCAGCUAUGCACAGGUACACGUGAAGCAAGAGAGAGUGAGGAAGAGGAUCAGCGACAGCGAGAAGGCCGCGGCAACGACCACGAUGGGCAAGUCGAUGACCGGAGAACAAGAGAAGCAGAAGGAGAGUUUCAUGGGUGAAGGGGAGAAGAAGGAAGCUUGUAACUCAUGGAACACCGGGAGGGUGCAUCCAUGGGGGUCUUCUCCGGCGGCUGCGGCGCCAAAGGGUGGGCACUGA